AGUAUAUUUUCAUAUCUGUGAUGCAUUGUGUCUUUUGCGACCAUUUGGAUCAGUGACCAACGGUUGGAGGAGGUUUUAAUGCAAACAUCUCAGUGAAGAAACCGAAGAAAUGGAUUUCAACUCUCCGAACAACAAACCGAACAGUGGGUCGAACUGGAAAGCAAAGAAUAAAUAUGGCAAGGGCAAGUACCGCCCGCAGCCCUCUGCUGACAUAGUAUAUGUCAAAGGAACAUCUUUUCAGACCGUGCCACCCCUGAGCAAAGUGCUGGACGGGAUCCCAGUGCUCGGUCUUCAGUAUGUGUGGGAGUAUCGCAGCCCCAGUAAGACUGUCCCACCACACUACGAGUGCAAGCUUUGCAGGGUUCCCCGCUCGCAGCAUGAUAUGAUCGCUCAUGUGAAAGGCUGGAAACACAACUACAUAUACAUGAAAAAGGCCCAUCCUGACAAAGUCCAUUGGGAGGAGGAAGAUGCUGUCAAAGACCCUGCUGUGAGGAAGAUGAUUAAAGAUUCUUUGGCUGAAGUGGAGCAGUUGGGAGGGAGGGGACAAGUCAAGGUGAUCAUGAAAGAGCCCUAUAAAGUACCUGCUUUCAAAGGACUCCGUUCUGCUCAACCAAAGCCCUUGCCUGCAACCAGCAUGGGUCCAAAUGGACCUCCCUUUGGUCCAAUCUUCAGUGACCAGUCUCGUCAUGAGGAGUUUCCUCCUGAUGAAGGUCCUUAUGAUGAAUUUUCGGGUGACUAUCAAGAUGAAUUUGAGCCUCCCAACUUCAAACGCUUUGCAUCUGAGCGACGUUUCUCAGACUCCAAUCCCGAUAAAUAUCAGGAUGAAUAUGAGUCCUCCAACUUUGAAUGCUUUUCACCCAAGCAACAUUUCUCAGACGCCGAUAUGAGUCCAAGACCGUAUCCGCAUGAGCCUGAAGAUGAUUUUAGCCAAAAUAAUGGACGCGACCGUUUUGGUUCUGGUCGAAUGUUUCCUGACCAGUACCAGGGCCCCCAGAUGGGAGGCAGCUUAAUGGACAUACCUACGAAGAAACCUUUUGACAGGCCAAGACCCAUGAAAGCACCAUCUGACGGUGGCUGUGAUUCAGAUUCACUGCUUCAUUAUUUGGAGACCUUCCGGAUAGAGAACGAAAGCGAUGCACAGCUGGUGCUGAAGGUGACACAGAAACUAACAGAGCUGCUGAUGGAAUACAGACUGAAGACUAUAGCGCCAGAAGGUCAUAGUCUGAGCAGCUCCUCAUUGAACUCAAGUUUCUUGUCAUCGCCCUCUUCCAGUUUGGCAAGAAGCAGCGACAGAUACUCUCGAGCCUUAGCUAAAGGUCAGUAUCGGUUCUUGGAUGGGCCCCUCAGAUUCUAGAGAUGAUGUAACACCCCAAGACAUUGGUCUUCACAAUGUGUCCGUUUGGAGUGAACAUUUAGGAGUAACUGUUUGUACAUAAAUUCUUUUAGUAAACGUUUUAUUUUUGACUAUUUUAGGUCUGUAAAAAAACAUUUACUUUUACUUUGAAUACAGAAAAUGGAUGGGUGGGUAGGAGGUUGUUUGCCGAUUAUGCCACAACAUAAAAAUGUUCAAUCCCUGCAAUAAACAAAUUACAUAAAAGGUUUUCUACUUGCUAU